AUUUACUAGAAAGAAGCUCUGUUCUUGACGGGGGAGAUGUCUAGAGCUAGAAAUCAAGCUGUGAAUCUGUUCAUAAGCAGACUGUCGUUUUACACGAAUAAGGAAGAUUUGAGAAAUAUGUUCUUGCCGUUUGGAAAUAUAUUAGAAGCUAGAUUGGUAAAUGAUCCGAAGACUGGAAGGCAUAAAGGGUUUGGAUUUGUGAAAUUUGAAUCUGAAAUUGAAGCUAGUAAUGCAAUUAAAGCUAUGAAUGGAAGGAUUGUUGAAGGAAGAUUGAUAUUUGUUGAAGUUGCUAAUCCUGAGAAAGAAGAUGCAGGAGAUGCUAGAUAAUUAUUUUGGUUAAAUUAUUGUAAAAGAAAAUGAAAAUUCAUGAAUGGGCUAGUAGCCUGCUUAUUGUAUCUCAGCUUGUAAACCAUACUCUAAUUAAUAUAUUUUUGAAUUAGUAUUUGG